AUGAAUAAAUUUAAUAUUUUAGUUCCUAUAGUUACUGCUUUAAUAACAAUACUUUUAACAUCUGGAAUAUGGAUUGGUGCAUACUAUAUUUUUAAACCAUCGAAUUGCAAUGAAAAUAAUAACAAUUUAACUAAUAAGCCAAUUUCUACCACGGUAGUGCCUUCUACAAUAAAAAAUUCCACCAUAACAAAUGAAAAUAAUGUUGAUUGUACUUCUUCUUGUGAAUUUACUCUUGUUGAAUCAAUUCCUUAUAAUUUAACAUAUGAAAAAAAUGAAACAACUUAUACAAGAACAUACGAUGUUUGGAAACGUUUAAUGAAAGAAGCUAAAAAUAAUAUAAAUAUAGCUUCUAGUUAUUGGACAUUGUUACCUAAUGAUACUGAAGUUAAACUUAAUUAUCAUCCAUCAAUGGAAGAAGGAAUAGAUAUUUUUAAUUCUUUAAUCAAUACAAGUAAAAGAGGAGUAAAAAUAAAUGUUGCUGAAAAUUACGUUAAAGGUGGUAAUCCAGAUACAAUAUAUCUAAUGUCAAAUGGAUAUGCUAAUGUUAGAAGUUUAAAUUUUAAAAAUUGGUUUGAUGGAGGCAUUCUUCAUACAAAAGCUUGGAUUGUUGAUGGAAAACAUUUUUAUGUUGGUUCUGCUAAUCAAGAUUGGAGAUCAUUAACACAAGUUAAAGAGUUAGGAGUUGCUGCUUUUAAUUGUCCUUGUCUUGCUGCUGAUAUUGAAAAAAUUUUUGAUGUUUAUUGGCAGAUGGGAAUACCAAAUGAAAAAAUUCCUGAUGUUUGGGAUGAUAAAUUUGUCUAUAAUUCAAAUCCACAAAAUCCAACACCAGUUCAAUUAAAUAAUGAAAAUUCAUUAGUUUAUUUUUCGAGUUCACCACCAGCUUUUUGUCCACCAGGUAGAAAACCCGAUGGUGAAAAUAUAGUUGAUAUUAUUAAUAAUGCAAAAUCAUAUGUUUAUAUAGCAGUAAUGGAUUAUAUUCCAGCAACUUUGUAUAUUGAUAAUAAUUAUUAUUGGCCAGAUAUUGAUGAUGCUUUAAGGCGUGCUGCAUUUGACAGACAUGUACAUGUUAAACUUUUAAUGUCAAAAUGGGCUCAUACAGGAAAAAGUCUUUAUAAUUAUUUAAGAUCUCUUGCUGAUAUUAAUGGAAAAUUACCAUGUAUUUAUAUAAAUUAUAAUAAUGGAACUAAAAAGUGUGCUCCAAACUCUUGGGGAACAAUUGAAAUAAAAUUAUUUGAGGUUCCAGAAGAUGGUUUUAGUUGGAUUCCUUAUUCUCGUGUUAAUCACAACAAAUAUAUGGUAACAGAAAGUACUGUAUUUAUUGGAACAUCCAAUUGGUCUGCAGAUUAUUUUAUAAAUACUGGUGGUAUUGGUUUUACAGCUAAGUCAGAAAAUAUUGCUAUAAAUAGUAGUUUAAAUUAUAAUGUAACAAAUAAUAUAUUCCUAAGAGACUGGAAUUCACCUUAUGCAAAAAGUAUUUAUGACUUUGAUCUUAACGGAGAUCCUUAUAAUAAUACAAAAAAAAUAAAUUCUACUUUGUAA